CGUUGCGUUCUCUGGCUCUUUCCACUUGCGGCGAACCGGAGAGAGAGAGAGAGAGAGAGAGAGAGAGAGAGAGAGAGGAGGGAGGAGAGGCGGAGAGCAAUCGACGAGGAAGGAAUCGCGAAGCGGGAUCGGAGUGAUUGUAGGAGGAAGGGAAUCGAAUCCGGAAGCAGUAGCGUCUUCUUCUCGGGAUUCCUCGCCUAUCAUUUUCUCUGUUCUUUCCGCCGGAAUCGUCCUACUGAAUCCAGUAGUGUGUUUUCCGAUCGAUCGACUCGUUCUUUCGCGUAGGAGUGGCGGAUCGAUCUUCUCGCAUUCUCAAGGAUGGCUUCUGUGUACCCGGGUCUCGUCGAUGCGGUCCAGGUUGGUGCGUAUUUCUUGAAGAACUACUAUCCGAUACUUCAACAGAAGCCGGAACUAGUUCACCAGUUCUACACCGAAUUGAGCUCCAUGGUACGAUUCGAUGGGACUGACACAGAAUCGGCGAACGGGAUGAUGCAAAUUCAUCGUCUUGUCAUGUGCCUGAACUUUAAGGGGAUAGAGAUUAAGUCAGCCCAUUCCUUGGAGUCCUGGAAUGGUGGAGUUUUGGUGAUGGUUUCUGGUUAUGUGCAAUUGGAAGACUAUAGCUUUAGGAGGAAAUUUGUUCAAACUUUUUUUCUUGCUCCACAAGAGGAAGGAUAUUUUGUUCUCAAUGACAUUUUUCACUUCCUUGAGGAGGAGCACAUUCAUCAGCACCCUGCAGCCCUGAUGCCUCUAGGUGACUUUGAGACUAAUUUGAACGUGUCAAGUCCUGCAGCUGAUACAGUGUCAGUCCCUGAUUACAUGCCGGGAGAAGCUCAGGCUCAGGACUUAGCGCCUCCAGUUCAUGUGGAAGAAAAGGACACAGUGGAGAAUUAUAACAUUGUUGAAGCACCACAGCAACUUUCAGUUUCUGAUGAAAGAUUAGACGAACCUCUUCAAGAUACUGCUUCAUAUCCAGUCGCUUUGGAGAUCACAAGAGAGCCAUCACCUCCUGCUGCUCCUGAAGAGCCUGUUGGAGAGCCAACUAAGCACACAUAUGCCUCUAUUCUUGCAAAAGGCCAAUCUGGUUUACCCAUGCACCAUCCAACGACUAUUGCCAAAGCCUCUCAAGUUGGUUCAGACCGUGCUCAUUCCUCGCAUCAAAUUCCCCAGCAAUCACAGCUGGCUAUUAAUCCUGAGAAACCCAACUCUGAGUCAAUUGAGGAGGCUUUACUAGUUGAAGAUGAAGGUGAUACAAAAUCUGUCUAUGUUGGAAAUCUUCCUUCGUCCAUUUCAAUUUCAGACCUUGAACAAGCCUUCAAGCACUUUGGUAAACUAAGACCAGAAGGUGUUUCUAUCAGAAGCCGCAAGGAAUCUGAUGUUUUUUAUGCUUUCAUUGAAUAUGAAGAUGCCAUCGGUGUACAAAAUGCACUUAAGGCAUCUCCAGUACAGAUAAAUGGGAGGUUGAUUCAUGUCGAGGGGAGAAGACCUAAUAGCGGUGUUUCACGUGGAAAAAGAGGCAGAGGCAGAGGUUACCCCUCAGAGCCCUCGCGAGGGCGAUUUGGUGGCCGGAUUUUCGGGCAAGGUAGCAGCAGGCAAGACGGCAACGAGAGGGACUAUACAAGUCGGUCCAGAGGAAAUAGCAAUCCCCAACGAGUUCAAGACAGGGGUUACUAGCUGCUCCAGUCUUAGCUUCUUUAGGCUCCCAUGACAUGGGAAAUAUUGCUUUGUAUCCUGGUAUAUUUCUCCUCUUCAGCAAUUCCAAGUAUAUUAUUUGUAUGCUACUUAUCUGGAGUGUAAUUAAUGAUUCCUAUUUCGUGAGAUGACAUUUUCGAUUA